CCCCCCCUUUCUUCCGAUCUGGCGUGGUAUCCAUCGCUGGUACCGUAUCUUGGGGAGACUCCCGUCCCCCAAACCAGAGAGAAGCCUGUCGUGUUUUGGAAAAUUCGGAUGGAUGGAUAGAUGGGUUGGCAGAUGCGGGACGACCGAUGAUUUUCCAGUCUAUUUCCUAUUUACCAACCCAGGUCUGAUGAUGGGCCUCCGAACCACCCCCUGGGUGCCAAUGUCAUCGGCCAAAGUGGCAGAAACCCCCCCUCCCCAUCAUACCAGGUGGAAGGAGGGACGAGGUCUGUCUGGUCCUGUCAUUGGACCCAAGACGCGGAAGAUCAUCUCCUUUGGCGGCCCUGGUCCUGUAAAAGGGGAGCAUGGUAUCCGUGAAGGCCGCCUCUUGUUCAGACAGCUCCUAUCCCAUGCAGAUGGUGGCGUAAACAGCCCGAGAGAGAGAGAGAGAGAGGAAAGGGGCCCCCAAGGACCUGGCUCUCGCUUUCACUUCCCCAAUCGGAUCCUGCCAGGCCUCCAGCGAUUAGUGUACGGCCUGUAUGACCUGGAUGGCCUCCCUCUCCGAACAGCGACGUGACCGACUCUUUGCUGCUCUCACGGACGUUGCUCGUUCCUCCCGCCCCAUACGAUCCCUGCCGGGCUGGAUUACGACAUGGAGUUGCAGCCAGGUCGAUGAGCGGAGGUGAUGUGCGGGCAAGAUCUGGGCGAUUUCUUUCUGUCGGUAGCGUCAUGUUGGCUGGCAGUCCAGGAUCAGGGGGGAACGCGCACGCCCCACCGAGCGCUGAGGGCGGUGGAUGCUAUAUCGGCUCUGAUAUUGAAGAGCCUGAAGGGAAAGGGGGGCCUUCUAUGCCUCGCAGCCAGCGCCAGAUGUCCAGAUGAGGC